UAUUCUUUAAUACUGUCUAAUGUAAAAAGUAAAUUUUAAAUGAGUUCAGCUGAUUUUGCAGAAACUUCGUUUUUACAGAUGACCAGCAGGGGGCCCUGCUGCUCUUCAUCAUGACUGUUAUAUUGAGAACUGAGCUAGUCUACGUUCUGAUUAACCUCAUUAAUGAUUUCCAUCUUUUGUUUAUAAAAAAUACCUUAAUUUAAUUCCACACUGUAAUAAAUCUUAAUUUUUGCUUAAACUGAAUUUUACUGGUUAUAUUUUGUUUAAUUCUGAAACAGAAAACCUUAAAAAAGAAAAUUAAGUUUCUGUCUCUGAAGUUGGAUGAGAAAAGUGUGGCAUUUUGCAAUGAUCUAAUUGGCUGAUAGCAGAUUACGUCAGCGUUUCUUCAGUUUAUGAGCAGUUUUUUUUCUCUCUCUCCGGCUUUAGAGAGUUAAAAAUAUCCGGCGGUGUCACCGUGUCGGCGAAGCCCUGGGUCCUGGGGUGGGUGGAGGGUGCUCUGCAUGGGGUGUGGGUGGCCCAUCCCCCGCGCUCCGCCGCGGCCCAAUGAGCUGCGGCCUCGGCGUCUCAGUGGGGUUGGAGGAUGCCCGUCUCUAGUUGCUUAUGGUCAUGGUGGGGGGUGGGGGGCAUCAUUCCUGGGAGUCCAGCGGAGUGACGCUGAGCUUUUUAAACCUCCACUCCGUCCUCAGUCCUCAGUCCCUGUUCUCUCCAGGCCGCAGUCCGUGCGCCGUUCUCGGACCAAAGACCCGGAUCAGUCCCGGGGAACUCUUCUUCACCUCUCCUUUCUCUUUCUCCACUUUCUGCGCUCGUGAGUGCGCCGGAGUCCAUGAGCGCGCACACGGACUGAAUGAACUAAGUCUGGGUCUGCUUUCGGAGCGCAGCGCGUACUCUCAGUCUUUACGCAAACUCGGGUGAGGUGUGUCAGCCGCAGCAGCAGCUUCUUCAUUCUUUUCUUCCCACUCUGUGAUAUAAAGGAGUGGGAGGGGGGCACCAUGAUGAACAACAGCGGCUUGUUGGAGCCGCAGCAGCUGCCGCAGUUCUUCCACAGCUCCGCAGACCUCGGCGAGGAGGAGGAGGAGGAGAUGCCGGCAACCGAGAAGGACCUGGCCGAGGACGCGCCCUGGAAGAAGAUCCAGCAGAACACCUUCACCAGGUGGUGCAAUGAGCACCUGAAGGUGAUCAACAAGCGGAUCAACGACCUUCAGAAGGACCUGAGCGACGGGCUGAAGCUGAUAGGGCUGCUGGAGGUCCUGAGCCAGAAGAAGAUGUACAGGAAGUACCACUCCAGGCCCAACUUCAGACAGAUGAAGCUGGAGAACGUCUCCGUGGCGCUGGAGUUCCUGGAGAGGGAGCACAUCAAGCUGGUGUCCAUCGACUCUAAAGCCAUCGUGGACGGGAACCUAAAGCUUAUCCUGGGUCUGAUCUGGACCCUGAUCCUGCAUUACUCCAUCUCUAUGCCCAUGUGGGAGGAUGAGGAUGAUGAAGAUGCCAAGAAACUGACCCCCAAGCAGCGUCUGCUGGGCUGGAUCCAGAACAAGGUUCCCCAGCUCCCCAUCACCAACUUCCACCGAGACUGGAGGGAUGGCAAGGCGCUGGGAGCUCUGGUGGACAACUGUGCACCCGGUCUCUGUCCAGACUGGGAAACCUGGGAUCCAAGUCAGCCGGUGGAAAACGCCCGAGAGGCCAUGCAACAGGCUGACGACUGGCUAGGGGUGCCACAGGUAAUCGCUCCAGAGGAGAUUGUCGACCCCAACGUGGAUGAGCACUCCGUUAUGACGUACCUAUCACAGUUCCCCAAAGCCAAGCUGAAGCCCGGGGCCCCGCUGAGGGCAAAGACGCUGCAUCCAAAGAGGGCCAAAGCCUUCGGACCAGGGAUCGAACCUCGAGGCAACAUGGUCCUGAAACCAGCAGAGUUUUUAGUGGACACGGUGGAGGCCGGACUGGGGGAGGUCCUGGUUUACGUGGAGGAUCCAGAGGGACACACAGAGGAGGCCCGAGUGAUCCCCAACAAUGACAAGAACCGGACCUACUCCGUGGUCUAUCUGCCCAAGGUGGAGGGGCUCCAUAAGGUGAAGGUGCUGUUUGCCGGCCAGGAUAUCGACAGAAGUCCCUUCAUGGUGAAUGUUUCCAAGGCGAUGGGUGAUCCGAGCAGGGUUCAGGGUCGUGGGCCAGGACUACAGGCAAAGGGGAACGUGGCAAACAAACCCACCUACUUCGACAUUUAUACUGCAGGGGCGGGCACCGGAGACGUGGGCGUCAUCAUUGUGGACUCAAAUGGUCGGAGGGACACAGUUGAGAUUGUCUUGGAGAACAUAGGCGACAGUGUUUUCCGGUGCACCUAUAUUCCUGUUCUGGAGGGGCCUCACACCGUCUACGUGACCUUUGCAGGGCAGCAGAUUCCCAGAAGUCCUUUCAGCGUCUGCAUAUCUGAGGUUUCACAGAGCUUCCCUCCUCCUGGGUCUCCAGUGCAGGUCAUACCUCAGUCCAUACGCACCCCACCCUCAGACAAGACCAGGAGAGCACCCCCUCCAACACCUCCCAAACCCAGGCGACCAACCUGCAACCCUAAUGCCUGCCGAGCGUCAGGCCGAGGUCUGCAGCAGAAAGGCCUGAGAGUGAAGGAGGUGGCCGACUUUAAAGUGUUCACCAGAGGAGGCGGCAGCGGAGAGCUCAAAGUAACCAUAAAGGGACCAAAGGGUCUGGAAGAGCCGGUGAAGGUGCUCGACAUGGAAAACAGCGUGUUUGAAUGUAAUUAUUACCCCAUUAUGACCGGAAAAUACAUUGUAAACAUCAGCUGGGGAGGACACAGCAUCCCACGCAGCCCAUUUGAGGUACAUGUGAGCGAGGAGGCGGGGUCUCAGAAGGUCAGGGCAUGGGGUCCAGGUUUGGAGACUGGCAUGGUGGGAAAAAGCGCCGACUUUGUGGUGGAAGCCAUCGGCACAGAAGUGGGAACUCUGGGUUUCUCUAUUGAGGGCCCAUCUCAGGCCAAGAUCGAGUGUGACGAUAAGGGCGACGGAUCAUGCGAUGUCCGAUACUGGCCGACUGAACCAGGUGACUAUGCUGUCCAUGUCAUCUGUGAUGAUGAGGACAUCAAGGACAGUCCCUUCAUGGCUCACAUCCUCCCCGCUGCCAAUGACGUCUUCCCUGAGAAGGUGACAUGCUCUGGACCCGGUCUGGACCCUCUGGGCUGCAUCGUCAACAAACCUGCUGAUUUCAGCAUCGACACCCAUGGGGCUGGUAGAGGCGAGCUCAAGCUCUACGCUCAGGAUUCAGACGGCUUCCCCAUCGACAUCCAGAUCACAGAUAACGGAGACAGCACCUUUUUCUGUGUUUACAUUCCCACCAAACCCAUCAAGCACACCAUCAUCAUCACCUGGGGUGAAGUUGACAUCCCCAACAGCCCCUUCAGGGUGAUGAUUGGAGAGGGGAGCCAUCCAGAGAACGUGAAGGUUUAUGGUCCAGGUGUGGAGAAGACGGGACUGAAAGCCAACGAACCCACGUACUUUACCGUGGACUGCAGUGAGGCAGGACAGGGUGAUGUAAGCAUCGGGAUCAAGUGUGCUCCCGGUGUGGUCGGACCCAUGGAGGCCGACAUAGACUUUGACAUCAUUAAGAACGACAACGACACGUUUACGGUGAAGUACACUCCUCCAGGUCCGGGUCAGUACACCAUCAUGGUGCUGUUUGCUGAUCAGGAAAUUCCCAUCAGCCCCUUCAGGAUAAAGGUAGAUCCGUCCCACGAUGCAGCAAAGGUCAGAGCAGAAGGACCUGGACUCAACCGGACAGGUGUGGAAAUGGGCAAACCCACUCACUUCACCAUUUACACCAAGGGAGCCGGAAAAGCUAAACCUGAGGUUCAUUUCACCGGAGCAGCAAAAGGCGAAGCUGUCCGAGACUUCGAGAUCAUCGAUAACCAUGACUAUUCGUACACGGUCCGCUACACGGCGGUGCAGCAGGGGAACAUGUCCAUUACUGUGUGUCACGGAGGAGACCCCAUCCCAAGAAGUCCCUUCAACAUUAGUGUGGCCCCCCCGCUGGACCUCAACAAGGUCAAAGUUCAGGGACUUAACAACAAGGUGGAUGUCGGGAAGGACCAGGAAUUCUCCAUCAAUACUUGUGGUGCCGGAGGUCAGGGCAUACUGGACGUCAAGAUGACCUCUCCAUCACGUCGACCAAUCCCCUGCAAACUGGAGGCAAGCAUGGACAAUGAGGUUCACAUGGUGAAGUACAUCCCCCCUGAGGAAGGACCAUACAAAGUGGACAUCAGCUACGACGGAAACCCUGUCCCAGGAAGUCCGUUCACUGUGGAGGGCGUCAUGCCCCCCGAUCCCUCAAAGGUGCGAGCCUACGGUCCUGGUCUUCAGGGUGGUGUCGUGGGUAAACCGGCUCCCUUUGCCAUUGACACAAAAGGUGCCGGUACUGGUGGUCUGGGCUUGACCGUGGAGGGGCCAUGCGAGGCCAAGAUUGAAUGCCAGGACAACGGUGAUGGGUCCUGCUCCGUGUCCUACCUGCCUACCGAGCCCGGCGAAUACACCAUCAACAUCCUGUUUGCAGAACAGCACAUCCCGGGAUCCCCCUUCAAGGCUGUUGUCCAGUCGGUGUUCGACCCCUGCAAGGUGACGGCCAGCGGCCCUGGACUGGAGCAUGGAAAGGUCAAUGAGACCGGAUCCUUCACGGUGGACUGCUCCAAGGCUGGAGAGGCUGAGCUUACCAUUGAGAUAAUCUCAGACUCGGGAGCCAAAGCUGAAGUUCACCUGCAGAACAACAGCGACGGGACCUACUCCAUCACUUAUAUCCCCCAGAGCCAUGGCAUGUACACCAUCACCAUCAAAUACGGAGGCCACUCCGUGCCCAAGUUCCCCACCCGCCUGCAGGUGGAUCCGGCCAUCGACACCAGCGGGGUGAAAGUCUACGGACCUGGAGUGGAACCUAGAGGCGUUCUGAGGGAAGUAACAACCCAUUUCAUCGUAGACGCCCGAACUCAUCACAAGAGCGGUGAAAGUCACAUCAAAGUGGACAUAUCCAACCCGUCGGGCGCCAACACGGACGCCUACAUCACUGACAAGGGAGACGGGACCUACAGAGUGGAGUAUACACCGUUUGAGGAUGGUCUGCACUUGAUUGAAGUUCUCCUUGAUGAGGUCUCGGUCCCGAAGAGUCCGUUCAGGGUGUCUGUGACAGAGGGUUGCGAUCCCAGUCGAGUCCGAGCCUUCGGUCCGGGUCUGGAGGAGGGACUAGUGAACAAAUCCAACCGCUUCACUGUCGAGACCAGGGGUGCUGGCACUGGAGGUCUCGGCCUGGCCAUCGAGGGUCCGUCAGAGGCCAAGAUGUCGUGUAAAGACAACAAAGAUGGCAGCUGCAGCGUUGAAUACAUCCCCUUCACUCCUGGAGAAUACGACGUCAACAUCACAUUUGGAGGCCUUCCUAUCCCAGGAAGUCCAUUUCGUGUCCCAGUGCGAGAGCUGGUUGAUCCCAGUAAGGUGAGGUGUUCAGGUCCCGGCCUUGGAAGUGGAGUCCGAGCUCACGUUCCUCAGACCUUCACUGUAGACAGCAGCAAGGCGGGGGUGGCUCCUCUGGAGGUCCACCUGUAUGGACCAACAGGUGUGGCCGAGCCCGUCAGCAUCACAGACAAUGGUGACGGAACUCAUACGAUCAACUACACUCCCGCCAACGACGGCCCGUACACGGUGUGCGUGAAGUACGCAGACCAGGAGGUCCCACGCAGUCCGUUCAAGAUAAAAACCUUACCAGCUCACGAUGCCAGUAAAGUCCGAGCCAGCGGUCCAGGUCUGAAUGCAUCCGGAGUCCCAGCCAGUCUGCCAGUGGAGUUCACCAUCGAUGCCAGAGAUGCUGGAGAGGGACUGCUCACGGUCCAGAUCCUGGACCCGGAGGGAAAACCUAAGAAGGCGAACAUCCAAGACAACAGAGACGGGACGUACACGGUGUCCUACGUACCAGACAUGGCGGGACGCUAUACCAUCACCAUCAAGUAUGGAGGAGAUGAGAUCCCGUACUCACCUUACCGGAUUCAUGCUGUGCCCACCGGAGACGCCAGCAAGUGUCUGGUCACAGUGUCGAUCGGAGGACAUGGACUUGGUUCAGGUCUUGGUCCAACCAUUCAGAUCGGAGAAGAGACAGUCAUCACUGUGGAUGCAAAGGCUGCUGGGAAAGGUAAAGUCACCUGUAAAGUGUCCACACCUGAUGGGGCGGAGCUGGACGUGGACGUAGUGGAGAACACAGAUGGCACGUUCGAUAUUUACUACACUGCUCCAGAACCUGGGAAGUACGUCAUCACCAUCCGAUUUGGAGGGGAACACAUUCCCAACAGCCCGUUCCACGUGGUGGCGACCGAAACCAUCCCAAUUAUAGAGGAACCAUGUGACAAGCUUCAGUUACAGCCGCCCUAUGUGGGCUUCUCACCUCUCUGGGCCACAGAAGAUCCCAUCGGCCCCAUGGACGGGAUGGAGCCCAUGCUGCGGCCCUUCAGUCUGGUCAUUCCCUUCACGGUGCAGAAAGGAGAAAUCACAGGUGAAGUCCGAAUGCCGUCUGGUCGAGCAGCUCGUCCUCACAUCACUGACAACAAGGAUGGAACGGUCACGGUGAAGUAUUCCCCAACUGAACGAGGUCUGCACGAAAUGGACAUCAAGUACGACGGCAGUCACAUCCCAGGAAGUCCACUCCAGUUCUACGUGGACGCCAUCAACAGUGGUCAUGUGACUGCGUACGGUCCCGGUCUGAGCCAUGGCACAGCGAACAGACCAGCCACUUUUACCAUCGUCACUAAAGAUGCAGGAGAAGGCGGCUUGUCUCUGGCUGUUGAAGGUCCGUCCAAAGCGGAUAUCAGCUGUAAAGAUAACAAAGAUGGGACUUGCACAGUGUCCUACCUCCCCACCGCACCUGGAGAGUACAACAUCAUCGUCAAGUUUGAUGACAAACACAUCCCGGGCAGCCCCUUCACUGCCAAGAUCACCGGUGAUGAUUCCAUGAGGACAUCCCAGCUCAACGUUGGCACUGCAACAGAUGUUUCCUUAAAGAUCACAGAAACAGACCUGAGUAGCCUGACGGCGACUAUCAGAGCACCAUCUGGACAUGAAGAACCAUGCCUACUGAAGCGGCUGCCUAACAGACACAUCGGAAUCUCCUUCACACCAAAGGAAGUGGGUGAACACGUGGUGAGUGUGAAGAAAAGCGGGAAACAUGUGACCAACAGUCCAUUUAAGAUCAUGGUGGGUCAGUCGGAGAUCGGAGACGCCAGCAAGGUGAAAGUUUUCGGUCAGGGGUUGGUGGAGGGGCACACCUUCGAGGUGUCUGAGUUCAUCGUGGACACCAGGAACGCAGGUUAUGGAGGUCUGGGUCUGUCCAUUGAGGGUCCCAGCAAAGUGGACAUUAACUGUGAAGACGUGGAAGAUGGGACGUGUAAAGUCACCUAUUGUCCAACUGAACCCGGAAACUACAUCAUCAACAUCAAGUUUGCCGACCAACAUGUUCCAGGAAGUCCAUUCACAGUGAAGAUAUUUGGUGAGGGCCGGAUGAAGGAGAGCAUCACCAGAAAGCGUCAGGCUCCCUCCAUCGCAACAGUUGGCAGCACCUGUGAUCUCAACUUAAAGAUACCAGGAAACUGGUUUCAGAUGGUUUCAGCUCAGGAACGUCUGACCCGGACAUUUACCCGCAGCAGCCACACCUACACUCGGACUGAGCGGACUGAGAUCAGCAAAACUCGAGCAGGAGAGACCAAGAGGGAAGUCCGGGUAGAGGAGAGCACCCAGGUCGGGGGGGAACCCUUCAGAGACGUGUUUGGAGAUUUUCUGGGAAGAGAAAGUCUGAGUGGGUUCAGUGGGAUGCCGGCAGGCAGCCGACCUCCUCUGCAGGACGGUGAGGGAGGUAACCAGGAAAUGACAGCUCAGGUGACGAGUCCUGGAGGGAAGACGGAGGAUGCAGAGAUCAUUAAAGGAGAGGACAGCACCUACAGUGUCCGCUUCAUCCCUCAGGAAAUGGGACCUCACACAGUCAACGUUAAGUACCGAGGCCAGCAUGUUCCUGGGAGCCCCUUCCAGUUCACUGUCGGGCCCCUGGGUGAGGGAGGGGCCCACAAGGUCCGAGCAGGAGGAACAGGACUUGACCGAGGAGUGGCAGGGAUCCCAGCUGAAUUCAGUAUCUGGACCAGGGAGGCCGGAGCAGGAGGUCUGUCCAUUGCUGUGGAGGGACCGAGCAAGGCAGAGAUCAGCUUUGAAGACAGGAAGGAUGGUUCCUGUGGAGUCGCGUAUGUGGUGCAGGAACCUGGUGAUUAUGAAGUCUCCAUAAAAUUUAACGAUGAACACAUCCCAGACUCCCCAUUCAUCGUCCCCAUUGCCACUUUGUCAGACGACGCCCGCCGCCUCACUAUCACCAGUUUGCAGGAAAUGGGUCUGAAGGUGGGCCAGGAGGCCUCCUUUGCUGUGCAGCUGAAUGGGGCCAGAGGUCUGGUCGAUGCGAAGAUCCACACACCGUCAGGGGCCACCGAGGAGUGUUACAUCACGGAGCUGGACAGUGAUCAGCACACCAUCAGGUUCAUCCCAAAGGAAAAUGGUGUUCAUUCUAUAGACGUCCGAUUUAAUGGCAGCCAUGUUCCCGGCAGCCCGUUCAAGAUCCGAGUAGGAGAACCAGGACAAGUUGGAGAUCCGGGACUUGUGUCUGCGUUUGGGCCGGGGCUGGAGGGGGGAAUCACAGGCGUGCCGUCAGAGUUUAUAGUCAACACAUGUAACGCCGGUGCCGGAGCUCUGUCUGUGACCAUCGACGGACCCUCCAAAGUCAAGAUGGACUGUCAGGAGUGUCCUGAGGGCUACAAGGUGUCCUAUACACCCAUGGCUCCUGGAAAUUACCUGAUCACCAUCAAGUAUGGAGGACCCCAGCACAUCGUAGGCAGCCCCUUCAAAGCCAAAGUCUCAGGUCCUCGUCUGUCCGGCGGCCACAAUCUGCACGAGACAUCGUCCGUCCUUGUGGAAACCGUCACCAAGACGUCAGCGAUGGGCGGAGCCUUUGCCUCUCUGCCCAUGUUCUCGUCAGAUGCCAGUGAGGUCACCUCCCGCGGCGCCGGCCUGUCCAAGGCCUUCAUCGGCCAGAAGAACACGUUCACAGUGGACUGCAGCAAAGCGGGCACCAACAUGUUGAUGGUUGGCGUCCACGGGCCGAAGACGCCCUGCGAGGAGGUCUACGUCAAACACAUGGGCAACAGGAUGUACAACGUCACCUACACCGUCAAAGAGCAGGGCAGCUACAUCCUCAUCGUCAAGUGGGGGGACGAGAACGUCCCCGGCAGUCCCUUCCACGUCACCGUCCCUUAAACUGAACUCUUCUUCUUCCUCAUGCAGCCGCUCCUCCUUCUCUUCCUCUGUGAUUUUUACCUCCCGAGUUUUAAUGUUUGUUUUCCUCUGUGCUGAUCUUCUGCUGUUCAUCCUUCAGAACAUCUAACAGCUGUUCUAUCUCUCCUCACCAGGUCUCAGUCAGUAAAUUUUAAUCAUCUCAUUUGCUCACGUUAAGCUGUCUUAUUGGUCACAACAUGCGUGACAUCAACAGAGCAUCACGGCCUGAUAGGAUGCUCAGAGAAACCUGGAACAGCUGAUAAAGGAGGCUGCAGAACGUCAUCCUCUCUAUCUGCUGCAGAUCCUGAGGGCUUGUAGGCAGAGAUGGACCUGAUCUGAGUUCAGCAGCUCGAGAUGUUUGACUUUCUGGUGCAUCUCCGACCUGCACCUGCAGACCAUGAUGUUCUCACAAGUUGAUUCGGAGUUAAAGAGCAAUUUCCAGGUUGGUGAUGAAUUCUGCAGAAACUAGUUCUGUUUGUCUGGGUAUGAACUUUAUUUGAGGUUUUAGAUCCACCUCAAAGGCUACAGUUACUCUGCAGGUCUGGGUUUUUUUUUCCGUGGUUCUCAUUGUAAUUCCAACGCCGCCUCCAUCAGACUCCAGUGGUUUACAACAGAAGAAGGCACUUCUCUGGCUCAAGAUGUAAGAGUUGGAUGAAAUGUAACACGACGGUUCAAAGUGGAGUCACUUUGAAAAACAUCAGAAAUGGGUCUGAUUCAGGAGCCCAGAAGAAAGUUCCCGGAUAGUCAAAAUCAUUUGAACCUGACCCAGUCCAGAGUUCUGGCCCAGAUCCAUAUAACAGAUCCAGGCUGGUGCCUUUUGGCUUAAUGGGCCAUUAGCGGUACGGAUCCGUUCUUCCAAAUCCGGCUCAGAACAGGACUGGAUCCAGGCCAGAUGUGAAUUCUUAACCCCUUAACUGCCUGAUCCAUCGUUACAUGGAGCAGAUUUUUCAGACUAUUGAAUCUUAAGUUUGUGGAAAUUAAACUGCCCAAGCCGUCUCCACCACUUGGUUUAAGAAUAUAAUACCUAAUAGCAUUUAUUAUUGAUUCCUAUUAUUAUUAUCCAAAGGAAAAGAAAAAAUCAAAUAAAAUUUAUUCUCUUACCUUUUUCUUAGUAAACUUUAAACAGUUAAGGGGUGAUUUAUCCCUAGAUCAAGCCCAGAUACAGGCCAGAUCCGGCUCAGAUCAGACUUAGAUCCAGCCCAGAUCUGCUCUGAAUCUUCUGACUAUACAUGUUCCUACCCACUGAAUCCUGGACACGGCAAAGGUCUGUGUUUGCGGUCUGGAUUUGGAUCCGGAUCAGAGUCAGGUGCUGUCUGAUCAGACUUUUCUGUUCAGACUGUCAUAAAAACAUCAGAAUUGGCUCACAUUUAGACAAAAACAUUUGGAUUUCUACCUGCAGUGUGAACGCAGACUGAAGUCCCAUUUAUGUGUUUACGUACCUGGUCCGUUUCAACCAUCACGGCUCUCAUACUUCAUUCGUCCUCUAUGUUGUCAUGGUUGUUACCCAACACAUCCACCAGAGGGCAGUGCAGAGUUCAGAGUUCACCUCCAAGAUCUAACAUCAGUUUCAGACAAUAACAAACAUGGAGACGAUGGAGGAUCAUGUUGUUCAGUAGACGAAGGUGGUCUGAGAAGACAUGAAAUACGUCACAGCUUCUUCUUUUUUGUUCCUUUUGUGGUCAUCAGCUCUGCUGCUCAAAACUGCCCCCUGAUGGUUUCCGGUGGUACCGCUCUGUUUGCUGCAUCAGGCUGCGCAUCCACAAGAACCCCGAAAACAGACUAAAUUCCACCCAUAAAGGACACAAAAUCUUCCAUCUUUAUCUUAGAGCAGGGAUCCCCAGCUCCGAUGCUCAAGGCCCACUAUCCUGCAGACUUUUUGUUUCCCUACUGCAACACACCUGACUCAAAUUAAUGGCUCAUUAGCAGACUUGUGCGGAGCUUGUCAGAGAUCCAUUUAAUUUGAAUCAGGUGUGUUGCAGCAGGUAAACAUCUAAUACCUGCAGGAAAGUGGGCCUUGAGGACCAGGGUUUGGGAGCAUAAAUGGGCCUUCAGAUGGACUCUGAUCUUUAAAGAAGCAGCCAUGAUACCAGUGAAGAUUUUCACAGAAGAGACAAGAUCUUCUUGAUCCUUCAGGCUCCAAACUGUCCAUUUGUUUCUGAAACUUCAGUCAGGACCAGUCCAUCUGGUGUUAUCAGGUGGUUUUUAGUGGUUCUGAUGUGAAGCUAUGGCUGGAUGACUGAGCUGAAUGGGUUGCUGACUCAGAACCUGAUUUAGAACCAACAGAUUGUGAGACCAUCUGAAACCUCUUCAGAUGAACCCUUUAAAUCCGACUACGUCGCUGGGGACAGAUGGUGACACGCAUAAGUCAAAUUACCGUGAUUCCUUUAACCGUUCACGCUAACAAAGUAGCACUACAGGAUUUGUGGUGGGAUUACCUGGGGGUAGCAGAACAGGUAAGCAGCCAUGGGCUUCUGUUAACAUAAUAAAUAUUUCUGAUAAUUAUUCAGAUUCUGGAGACAGAUCCAACCUGAAAGUUUUUCUUUAAACUGUUUAAGUACAGAAUGAGUCGGUUUGUCUGCGGACAGCAUGACCUGAGGCUGCAGAGAACAGGUGUUGGCCUCAGCUGACAGACAAUCAGAACCAAGCCUCUUCUGGAAGCUUCUCCAGGUUCUGACGGGUGGAUGUAGAAGACGUUUGCUGUGUGACGGUGUUUCUGCUCACAGGAUCAGGACAAACUGUGACUUUUUAUUUAUUUUUUUCUCUUGUUUUUAUUUUCUUUGACAGAAAAUGGUCUUACUGUUGGGAGGAGCCCCACAUGAGUUUGAUCCAGUUUAGAUUUUCUCUUUUUUUGUACAACCGGGAGGAAGUUCAGUGAAGCAACCGUUUAUUUUGUGAAUGUUGAGAAAAGCUGAUUUUACAAAGACACGAUAUUACAGAGUGACAUUUUAUAGUGUUUUGUAUGUAUCCAAAUGGAUGAGUGACAAAGUGUGUUUGAUAUGUAACCUUCAGUAUGGCAACAUUGUGCAGGCAUAAUAAAACUUUAUUUGCAAACUG